GGAUGAGGAGGAGGAUGAGGAGGGUGACGCCGGGGCGCAGGAGGACGCCGCCGACAAACGCAACGGCAACGACGCUGGCGACGACGCCAAGAUGGAGCAAGGGGACGGUGGUGCCGGCGGCGGCGGUGGUGGCGCCAGUUGGCGGUGGCGGCGGUGGUGGUGGUACCGCCGAGACGGGCGACGCGGGCCCGCGCGUGCAGCCCUUCUCCCCUGCGCAGGACCGUGUGGUGCGCGCGGCCAAGUCCCUCGUGUGCCUCUCGGAGUCCGUGAGCCGCAUCGGCUCCCCCUCCGUGCACGCCGCCAAGAGCGACGGUGUUGCCGUGUCCGGAAGUACGCCGCACCAGUCCGUGUCGCCUUUUACCUCGUUCACUCAAGGAUUCCUGCCCAUUGGAACACAGAGCCCAGGACAGCACCACCAGCCAUACCUGCUGAAUGUUGGCUUGGGUGGAAUGCCCUAUCUGUCACCUGGAAGAAAGAGAGUGAUGCAGGACCGCACGCAGUUCAGCCCCCGAGACCUGGUGAUGCUGAAACGCUACUGGGAUAACGGUAUGACCAGCCUGGGCACUGUGUGCCGUGAGAAGAUCGAGUCUGUGGCCAACGAGCUCAACAUUGACUUUGAGAUCGUCAAGAACUGGAUAGGAAACCAGCGGCGAAGGUGCAGGCAGCAAGGCAUGGAGCCACCUCAGCCCCACGGCGGCCCUCCUGACUUCCCCAGGGACCCCAAGGAGAACCAGGGGUCCCAUCACCACCUCACUGAGAUCGCCUCGCAGUACCUGGGCCGAGGGAUGCAGGACAUCUCCCUGGAUGGCCACGGCCAACAGGACUGCGAUAUCGCGCAGAGCCCCGGGAGCCGCGAGGGCAGCUGCUACGACAUUGACAGCAACGGGAUUGCGAGCGGCCUGCGGGGUCACGACGACGGCGAGAACGACGAGGACGGCUGCCUGAUGGGCGAACUGGAAGACGCCGACUCGACGGACAGCAUGGACGCGCAGCACCUGGAGCACACACAGGGCGAGAUGAUGUACGAUGCAGGGCCCAAGGACGGGAGCCGCCGCCGCCGCGGCCGCCACCUCGAGAACGAGAGCUGCGGCUCGUCCGAGGACAAGGAGGCGUCGUCGCCAGGAGGGCGCGCCUCCGCCGAUCGAAACCACCUCUCCGGCGACGCGUACGAAAUUCCCAGGGAAGAGCAAAACAGCGACGAGUACCAGGACCGGGAGGGCGCGGUGUCCACGGAGCAGGCGGGCGACAGCGACGACGCGCAGAGUCGAUGCCAAGAGGAGGACGAUUACUCCUCGCAGAAGACGUCGAUGAUCGAGGAGCUGCAGGGUGAGGUGCAGAGACAGAGGGAGGAGAACUUGUUCCUCCGAAGGCUUCUGGCGGACGUGGCGUCACACGUCCAGGAUGAAGACUGGCAAGGGCUACAGAACCUGGUCGCGUCGCUGCCCGAGCACGCGACAUUCACCGAGGGAGAGGAGAAUUCUGGCAGUGAGCACCCGCCAACUGGCAAAGCAGCUUGCGAGAACCUUGUCGCUUCGCUCUCCGAGGAAUUGUGCUUCGACCAGGGGGACGCCCCUGAGCAGUCCCCACCUCCGAGUGAAGAGGCUCACGAGCACCUGGAUGCUUCGCUGUCCGAAAAGGAAGAUGCGUCUUUGGUGAGUGAGCAACCACUCCCUGAUGACGCAGCUGAAAAGGAAUCUCAAGACUUGCGUCUCGAUACUCGGAGCUCUGGAGCCGCAGCUGGAAUGUCCGUGGCCGAACCCGAGCUUGGAACAUGAGUCCGUGCUUUAACGUCGGAGCGUUGCUAUAAAUUUUGAAAAGUGCUCAUAACCAUUCAGCCUUUCAGUUUUAACUGUUAAACUGGUAACUCUGAAAAAGUAUUAUUUAAACGUGUUAUUAUUGUGUACACUAUUUAUUUUGUUACAGUAUUGAGGUAGAUCUAUGAGAUUUUGUAAGUUAUAAUAAUGUUAGUCUUAUUACUGCAGUGCCCAUAUCUAGCAUAAGUAUGUUUUAUACAGAACGUGUGACCACAUGCGCUGCAGUAUCUGAAGAUGCAAGUCCUGUACUCCUGCAUUUUCACCUCAGAUUAGCACGGUUGGAUACGUACGGUGCGUAAUAGGUUCUACAUACAUGCUCAUUUUUGGUAAUUUCACAACGCAAUACAAGUCGUUUUUAUAAAGCACCUAUCCAGGUACGAUUUUAUCUCAAGAUGCUUUCGAAUUCCUAUAAUGCCACCACAAACACAAUUUCCCAAUGAAAUUAUGCCCUUUUUAAACUCUCUAGGUAUAAAUAUGAGAGAUGCAACAAGUUAUCCCCUCCAACCUUCAAUGGAUGCCAUAUAGGACUUUCAAAAAUUCCGUCGGGCUGCCACUUUGUUGCCACGCAGCUCGGUCGCUCGUGUAUACAAGAGGCCCUUGCCCCAGUGAGUGACCGAAGUGACUAAGCGCGUUACGUAAUUAGAUCAACGAUUUUCCCUACGGUGGUGCUUGCGGCGAUGGAUAUGAAUCAGAGGUCGCAAAUGGGUAUCCGAUACCCGUACCCUACCCGAUACCCCGCCGGGUACGGGUAGCCGUUUGCGACCCUGGUGCGGCCGGGUACGGGUAAGGAAUCAAAACCCGUUUGCGACCUCUGAUAUGAAUCGUGGGAGGCUAUUUCGAAGUGAGUAGGCCUUGUGUGGCAGCCGGUCGUGUGAAAAAAAAUAACAAUCGCAGGCCAUAGGUUCCUGACCCCCUAGUUUUUAGAAUUGUGUUAAUUCAAAGUAUUGUUGUUUGAAUCGAAACCGCGGAUUCUCGCACACAAUUCUACGCAUGUCCGGUGAAGUGUUGCAUCCUUUGUUAAUGCUGCACGAUGAACCUGGCAACACGAGUUCUAUUCGAUUUCCCGUCAUGUUUGGCAUCAGUGGCGAGUGGCAUCUGAACUGUUUCUGACCCGGGCUUCACUAACCAAACAUUGACCAGCGGGGGGAGUAGGGGUGUUUCAGAUAUUGCUUAUUUUUUUCAUUUAAGAACAAUUAUCAAUUUACUUUGGAUGCCUGGAUCCGUGCAUGUUGUGUACUCGCGUACAAUGUCUUCGUGCUGGCAAUGGUGACCAUCACUAUGUCAAGUGACACCAAUUUGGUGGGAAAGCACGAAGCUGGUAAUGUCACUUCCGAUUUUCAGAUCAAUAAAAAAAACAAUUAGGGAUCCAUCUGACAUUUCACAUCUAGGCUGACUUUUCUCACUUUAUUUUGGGAUUAAUUUGAACAUCGAAAUCACGUUCCCUGUGUGGAGAGGCCUUCAUCCAGCAGUGGGUUUAACAAAGGAUUGUACGCAUGCACAUGCGUAAACUUUUCCCCCUGCGAGAGUAAUAUUUAAGCAUCUUCGCCACAAAACCACAGAAAAGAGUAACUCCCACCAAAGUCCGUCUCGUGCAUUUAUUUACGAACAUGUGACACGAUUCACGAGGGUAGGUUUCGUUGUUAAAGCACGUAUCACCAAAUGGUUACCCAAGGCCUAUCUAGGCAAAUUAAAUAAUGCGUCUCAAUGGGCCAUGAGCUCUUUAAAACCGGACAGCGAAUUUGUAUUAAAUGAAUUUGUAAUUAACAUUUUUGGCACCCAGAUAAAUGGUUUAACACGUAGACUUUCGCGAUCAAUAUCUAUAAUACUGCUUUUUUGGUGGGGGGUUUGAUCACGUAAAUAUAUAAAUGUGUGGUUUGCUCUCCAACACACCGGUGAGCUGUACUAGAAACGAAUUGGCAUGUUCUGUUUACAUGACAAACCUUACUAAUUGGCUGUGCCGGGUGGUGGCGGGUUUGACGACACAUUUACGCGAUCUAACCCAAAAAAACCUGUAUUAUAGAUAAAUGGUGUUCACAUUUUCAGAUAUUGAGCAGUAUUGAAGAGUCGUGUGUGUACUUGUGUGUAAAUAGCUGUCGAUAUAUUUACGUACUUGUUAGUGCUCACCAUGUACCAUGUGAUAGUGGUAUUGUUUGAAUAGUAUUCAUAGGCUAGGUACUGGUGUAACCAAGCAGAAGGUCACGCGCGCGCGUGCGCACACUGCUGGUUCAUCGACAGUCCGUGGUCCCGGGCUCGUUCCAUAGGUUGACGUUGGGUUUCGCGCCCCCUGAAUGAUUAACCAACUUGCCCAUUCGUGCACAGAAAUGUGAAAUGUCACACCCCAUUACAAACGUUUUCGCUCGAAGUG